GCACUCUGAUUUAUUAGGAACGGCAAUAUCCACAACAAUGAAGCUCGAGGCGGAUGCCGCCGAGCGCUCCAAAACCCGCACCAGCUCGCAGAGAUCCCCGGCCCACUUCCUGCUUAACCUCCAGAAGGUAUAUCUACUCUCAUUUCGAUCACUACCUUGUCAUUAUCUUGAAUUAUUUUGUCAAUAUUCUUAAUAUUGUUCAGCAAUUCCGACGUCGUCGCCGUUAUGAACUCUCGUCUUGCAUCGUGGGGCUAGUGGGCAUCGCCUUGAUGCUCGCGGAGAACGAAAUUGUUGAACGUAACGACAAAAGCUCGUCAAACUCGGAGCUUGUGGUGAAAAUUCUUAAAAGUAUCGUGUUGGCGUCCACGGUACUGCUUGACGUGCUGCUGGUGCUGAGAUAUCGUUGCGACGGCCACGUGAACCAACUGCAGAGUGCUGUCCCGUCCAGAAGAGAAAAGCUCUCACUAUGGAGACCUAUUUUAUUGCUGUUGGAGCUCAUUAUCUGCAGCUUCCACAUCCCUCCAGGGAUUAGCGGAAAGUUUGAAAUCGUUCAAUUACAUGGGAAUCCGAGUCGAACGGAUAAUUCGAUCUGCGAAUCUCUACAACGAGGGAUUGAAAGUGUGAAAAAAGGAGAGUCGUGUUAUUUGGUAUAUCAGUACCCUGUGGAGGCACUGGGCGUGUUCAUGGUGGCGAGACUGUACUUGUUGGCUCGAUUUGUUCGCAGCUCGUCAGCGUUGCACUCGCCGUGGAUUUCGCUUGUAGGAUCGCUGAAUGGAGUGAAUGCAAUGAAGCCAUUCUUCCAUUUCAAGGCCAUUUUCAAGCUUCAUCCACUAAAUAUUUUACUUCCGCUGAUAGCGCUGAUCACUCUGCUCACGGCUGCUAUCGUACGUGUCCUGGAGCGACCUGUCCAGGCUGCUUUCGACAGCUACUGGAAAUCUGUUUGGUUUACAAUCACCACACUGUCUGGGACUGGUUUGGGUGAUUAUUUUCCCGUGACGUAUCUUGGCCGCGCAUUUUCGGUCGUUGGUGGCAUGUUUUGUGGCGUGCUCAUUGUGGCGCUCGUCCAGUCACUUUUCUUUAAUUUCCUCGAUCUCUCGCCAAGUGAGAAGAAGGUGAAAUAUCUUAUUGAAUUGGAGUGGUGGCAGAAGGCAACUCGCCAAAACGCGGCUAAAUUAUUGCAAGCUGCAUGGCGAGCAGAAAUUUUACGGCAAGGCAGUAAAUUAGGCGAUCAGCGUCAUCUUUUCUCGAUGAUGAGAACUGCGCGCAGUCUGCGGAUGAACAAGCCAACCAUCGAGUUGUCAGUUGAAGACCAAGUGGCCGAGAUGGAGGCUACUAUUCUGGCAGAAGUAGAGCGCAUGGAGGCUCAAAAACUGGAAGUUCUACAGCGAAUUCAGGCAAAGGCAACGCAGCUUGCCGCUCUGAAGCAGAAGCUUGAGCUAAACCACCAUCCAAAAUGACAGCAGCUAAUGUCAAUUUCCUGUUAAGAAAUUUAAAUGAAUGAUUGUCGAAGUUGGCGCUUUU